CUAAAAUAUAUAACAUUUUAUAAUUUAAAAUAAAUAUAACAAAUGACAAAAAAAAAAAAAUUUUCAAAAGAACCCAAAAUAGUACCUCAACAGGAACUUUAUGCUCGCAUUUCAUUUCUGUAUCAGGCAGCAAAUAUUUAUACAUCUUACUCUAUUCUCAAUCAAAAUACAUAUGCCAAUGAAGACAUUCAGUCAAAAUUAGCUCUAUCUAGAUUCUACAUCAAUACUGCUAAAAAAAUAGCACGAAAAGCCGUCCUAAAAAUAAACCCAUCAAUAAAGCGUACACUUUGUCGGCGCUGCGAUACAAUUCUUUUACCUGCCAUUACUUCAUCCAUAAGAAUAGAAAAUCAAUCAAAAAAUAAUAAAAAAGAAGCAGACACAAUGGUUAUUACAUGCAAUUUCUGUAAUACACAAAAAAGAUAUCCUACAUUAAAAAAUAAUUACAAAUUUAAUUAACUGUAUCAAACAAAAUUUAUCUAUAUAA